GGCUCUCAGCUGUCAAACGAAUCACAUUGACUUAUUGGACGAGGAGGCUCGAAUUGGUUUUCUUUUGUAGAGGAAAUUAUCAAAUAAAAUCAAAGUUUUUUAAUUAAAUACCAGUGGAAAAGUAUAAAAAUGGCAGCCAAGCAAAUUGUUAAUGCUCAAACUAGUCGCUUUAUCUCAUUGUUGGGCCAACAAACACAAUGGAAAAGUUGCUUCUCAGCGGCUGUUGGCCGUUUAUAUAGCACUGAAAAGACUGCUGAACAAAAGGCUGAAGGCGCUUCGACAGAAGAUUCUGCUGAACAGUUAAAGAAAUUGACCGCCGAUUUGGAGACAGUAAACAAAGAAGUCACCACUUUGAAGGAAAAGAAUGAUGAACUUAUGGACAAAUAUCGUCGCUCCCUGGCCGAUAGUGAAAACUUGCGUGUGCGUUUGAACAAACAGAUUGCCGAUGCCAAAAUCUUUGGCAUUCAAUCGUUCUGCAAAGAUUUGCUGGAAGUUGCCGAUAUUUUGGGUCAUGCAACCAAGGCUGUGCCACAAGAUCAGUUGGAAUCCAAUCCCCAUCUGAAAAACUUGUACGAAGGUCUUACAAUGACAAAUGCAUCGUUGCUGCAAGUGUUCAAACGCCACGGCUUGGAACCCAUGAAUCCACUGAAUGAAAAAUUCAAUCCCAAUAUGCAUGAAGCUCUAUUCCAAAAGAUCGAUGCCUCCGUUGAACCCGACACCGUUGUGGAAGUCACCAAAUUGGGUUACAAAUUACAUGAACGUGUCAUAAGACCAGCUUUGGUUGGUGUAUCGAAGGCUUCAUAAUUCUAAACAACAACAUAGCUCCUAUAUUC